AUGACACAUCAUAUUUUGGUGAGUAAAGAUUGGGGCCUUGAGUAUCAUCCAGUCAAAAAAUACCACAAAGGAAUGUUGGGUGACUUAGUUUAUGGUAGGGCCGACGUGGCUGGUACCUUAUCGUACACACCGAACGAAAGAUUUGAAUAUUUUAAAUAUCUUAUAUGUUCGAUCAGGGGAAUGUCAGUGAGUUUUGUAUUUAGAGCUCCUUCAUUGGCAUAUUCAACAAAUUUAUUUGCUUUACCUUUCGACGGCAAGGUAUGGAUAAGUUGCGCGGUUGUACAGUGUAUAUGUUGCUUGGUCAUAUGGAUUAUAAUGAAAUGGGAGAGUAGCAAACAGGCUUAUGCUGAUUAUAAGGAAAUUUAUAUUGAAAAUAAAGCCGAGUUUAUGGAUGUUGUACUUAUGCAGAUAGGUGUGGUAUGCCAAAUGGACUACUAUUAUGAACCAAGAAGCUUGGCAGGAAAAAUCGCCACUUUUAGUCUACUUUUAGGAUUCAGUUUUAUUUAUAAUGCAUUUUGCGCUAAAAUUGUUAUUUUGCUUCAAUCCACUGCAGAUAACUUAUACAAUUUGCGAGACGUUUACUAUGCAAAUUUUGAAAUGGGUUUAGAAAAUACACCUUACAAUCGGUUUUUUGUUAAUAACCCUGCAAAACGUUCUGAUGAGUUCCUGCGUCAACUUGUAAUAAGUAGAGUUCAUUCGAAAGGUAAAGACCCAAACUAUUUUACAGGUCAGGAAGGCAUAAAACGCGUCCAAAAUUCAUUUUUUGCAUUUCAAAUGGAAAAAAGUGCGGCUGCUAAUCUUAUUGAAGCUUCGUUUACGAACGAACAAAAGUGCUCUGUUAGAUGGAUUGAGACCUUUUUUAAAGAAGAUAUUGCACAUCUUGGUGCGCCGAAAAACACGUCUUAUGCAGAGUAUAUUUUAAUUGGGUUUCACAAAAUGUUUGAGACUGGCGUCUACGCCCGAGAACAUACGAGAAGCUUUUCCAAAUUACCCAAAUGCAGCAAAAGUGGAAUUUUUGUCAGUGUAGGACUUAUGGAGUGCUACUUUGCCUUUUUCAUAUUCAUAGUCGGAGUUACAUUAAGCUGGAUUAUUCUUUUUGUAGAACUUAUUAUUGAUUACUAUUUGAGACCCAAAAAGAACAGGAUUUUUAGAACAAUUAAAGCACAAUAG